AAAAAAAAAAAACAAAGUGGAGGAAACUGAUGAAAGGGAGAAUAAAGAGCGCUGGGUUGUCGUGCUGAUGGUGUCAUGUGCACGGGGGAAGCUGGCUCUUGUGCUCGGCCAAGGCUGUGGCAACCUUGUCCACAGGCCCAGCUAUCGGCAGCAUCAGCUGAGCCAAGGCCAGCGUAACGCUAGCAGAGUACAGCCCCACAGACAGCAUCCUCUGGGGUUCGGACGGAGCACACGAGUGAGUAGUUGACUCUGACAGAGAAAAAGAGGAGAGAGAGAGAGAGAGCCAAGUCAAUCGACCUACAGGCCUGCUAAUCAAUUAAGAUGCUUAUGACGCCGCACUGUGACCAAGUUGUCAUCUAGAAUUUCAAUUUCGCCGAGAUAAGUAUACCAUCGAAUCAGCUUGCAGUGGCGGCGACAGCGAGGACGGCUACAUAGUUAUACUUACCUGCCUUUGUACUGCAGGCUGCCUACUGCUUCGAAAUAAAACUCCGGAGCCGUGUAUUAUUGUACCUAUAUAUACCAUAGGCACAGCUGCUGAUGUGCGUUAGUUGUGUUGUAUAGGUAUUUACACGGGUAUAGUAUACCUAUAGACACAACGCGGUCCUUCUGUCCUUGUUUCUCUCUUUAUGUUGCUCCGCGCUGCUCUUCGCGCGGUUGACAUGCAGCUCUCGCCGCGACCGGGCGCUCCGAGUUGAAGGCCGCGCGUUUUUUUCUUUGUGCGCGCACAAAAGAAGAGGCUACACAUGAUAGGCCGUAUACUCGUAUACGUAUAUAAUACACCUUGUGCGUAUAGUAUAUAUCCGCGGACAACCAAUGCGGCAGCGAACCCGCUAUCAUUGCUAUUAUUACUGCCACCGCGAGUGUGUUACAAUGCUGCACAUCCGCUGUUGAAGGUGCAUCGAGGCCGGUUGUCUCGCACUGCACUCGCGUCCUUUUUACCAUACAGGGUAACUUAAAUUGUCUUACAGAAGAGUAGGUACACAGAACCUGAGCGUGCUCCUGCUUCGAAGACAAAGAAAAUAAGAAAGUGUAAAACAUGAGACUGCCACGGGAAGUGCUUGGUCGAAUCUCGUCCUUCGCCUCCUUUUGUCGCUCGAUCACUGCUGCCAACUAUAAUUAAUCUCACCAAUCACCCGACAGUCCUGCGAUACGCUUGGCUGUCAUUAUAUUAUACCUGUACUCUUGUGAAAUACUAUUAAAAACAGCGGUUGUAACUGUAACACAAGCGUGAAAGAAAAUUCGUCCCAAUGUUUGCUGGCGAUCCGAGAGUGAUGCCGGUCCAGCAGAUCAAUGUGCGUCCACCCGAUUGGCAACUAUCUCAGUCGCUCGGCCCAGCCGUCAGCAACAAUUCGAAUGCCGGGGAGCCCCAGUUACAGUUACAGCGCCAGCACCAGCCGUCGCCACCACCAGAGUGGACACCUCGGGAACAUAGUUACGCACCUGUUGUAACAGUAAUUCCAGAUCACUGUCAUUCUUCAGUGAGUACACUGUCAUCUGGAAACCAUGACAUUUGCCGGAUCUGUCAUUGCGAGGGCGAAGCAGGUGCUCCUCUGCUGGCUCCCUGCUACUGCAGCGGCAGUCUGCGCUACGUCCACCAGACUUGUCUUCAACAAUGGAUAAAGGCAUCCGACACGCGUGCCUGCGAAUUAUGUAAAUUCACUUUCAUAAUGCACGCCAAGACAAAGCCAUUUUCCGAAUGGGAGAAGUUGGAAAUGUCGUCCCAUGAAGUACGCAAGCUGUGGUGUGCGGUGGCAUUUCAUGCUUUGGCAGCAAUGUGUGUGGCCUGGUCUUUGUACGUGUUAGUGGAGCGAACCGUCGAAGAAGCCCGGAGGGGAUACGUCGACUGGGGUUUUUGGAUGAAGUUGGUCAUUGUUGUGAUAGGUUCCACAGGGGGACUAGUCUUUAUGUAUAUCCAGUGUAAGACUUACAUAAUACUGUGCAGAAGAUGGAGAGCAUUUAAUAGGGUGAUAUUUAUACAAAACGCUCCAGAAAAAGUGGUGCUCCCUCCGUCACCGACGGGCUCUCUGCGCGACGUGACAAUACCCUUGAAGGAUCCGGCAGCCUCGAUACCCGAGUUGAACCGUAACUUCCUGCCCCGAGCUGUGGAACCACCCUGCGCCUCGCAAACCGUCAAACCACCGGACUCGUCCCCUUCGAUCGCCCAAAGCCCUGACACCCGAAUAAAACUCUACGUCUUCGACAAGCUCUCUUCGUCCGAGGACAAUCUGUAGGAUGAGAGCAGUACGACCAAAAAAAUAACGGGCGGACACGUUAACAAAAUGAAGACAAAUGGAGGAGGCCAUUGUUAUGGCGUGAUGAUGUCAAAAAUCCCUCACUGGGUUUCACAGAGAUAUUUUCUAUCAAGUCCUUUUCAAUCUUGGGUGCUCUAAUUUUCGACUGUAACUGUAAGCCAGUGCGUUGUAACGAGGCGAUGAUUCCUUCUUCGGGCAAUCGAAAAGAGGAAAUUUAAAGACAAUACUCUUAUGUCAUACAGUGCCAUUCAAACCGUUAGAAAUCCAUACAGAUGCUGAACGUCGUUUCGGUGUAACGGCAAUAGAUUUUCUUUUGAGAUUUUAUAUGAUUGUAGCAACAUAAAUUUGUUUGCUUUGAAUUUCCUCUUUUUCAUUAUUGUACAUAUAUAAUUGUAUCUGUGAUGUUAUUCAGUAAACUCUAACAUGUAAAUCGUCAUUAAAACUAAAAUAUGUAUUUAGAUAUAUUAUAUAUAUAUAUAUAAUGAGAAACGAAAAUCUUCCUUGUCGUAGCGUUGUAAUACAAGAAACGAAUUGGACUUAACUACUGUACGAGCGACUUUUUUACCAUAAGAUUAAAUUACAUUUAACUUUCACAAGUCAAUCACAGCAUUUUUUACAGUAUGAUGGAUUGAUCUUGACUUUUUAAACGUUUCGAAUAGCGAGUAGCUUGAUGCAGCUUUAAAAGAAAACAUUUUUUUAAAUCAAUAGUUACUCUAAAAUUAUUAAUGUACUUUGUAUUUUUUGUAUGCUUAAGAAUACAUGUGAUUUUUACGAUGCGUCAGAUUUAAUGUAAAGGAGUAAAGUUAUUGCUAAAGUCUAAAAGUUUUAAUUUUUUUUUAUUUUCUUAGAAUCAUUGUACAAUGGUAAAUGUAAUUUAAAGCUUAAUAAACAUGAGUCUGACGAGUUUUUCAGUGUA